AGUACACCGCGUUACAGAGGAAUAAAAAUAAAAAUCCACACUGAAACAAAGAAUCCCCAAAUCCACAGGUGGCUUUAGGGUUUUCGUCUCUUUACUCGUAACCGGAAGAGAGGAGGACAAGAUCCUCCACUAAUUUCACAAAAAGCUUAUCUUUUUAUUCGUUUUCGAAUCGAUUCGUUUUCUGGGUUUCAAGAAUCAAAUUCUCUGGUUUCGUUUUUCGUUUUCUUGAUUUGUUCUCUCUCUUUCCGAAAAAGUUUGCAACGAUGGGAAGAGGCAAGUUCAAGGGUAAACCUACCGGCCAACGCCGAUUCUCUAGUGCUGCUGAUAUUCUUGCUGGCACAUCUGCUGCACGUCCUCGAUCAUUCAAACAGAAAGAAGCUGAAUACGAAGAAGAUGUCGAAGACGAGUCAGAGGAGGAAUCUGAAGAAGAAUCCGAAGAUGACGCUGAUGUGAAGAAGAAAGGAGCUGAAGCUGUUAUCGAAGUUGAUAAUCCUAACAGAGUAAAAGCAAAGACCUUAAAAGCAAGAGACCUCGAUGCUAGUAAAACCACUGAACUCUCAAGGCGUGAAAGAGAGGAGCUAGAGAAGCAGCGAGCUCAUGAGCGAUACAUGAGGUUGCAAGAGCAAGGCAAAACCGAACAAGCAAGAAAGGACUUGGAUCGUUUGGCUCUGAUUCGCCAACAGAGAGAAGAAGCUGCCAAGAAGCGAGAAGAGGAAAAAGCUGCAAGGGACGCUAAGAAAGUCGAAGGGCGCAAAUGAGAAGUGAUCACACUCAAAAGACCUACCUACUAUGCAAUUAAGACGUGUUGUUUUUACUUUGUUCUUUUUCGAUUGAUAAAAGAUAAAACCUCUGCUAUUACUCAGGAUCGUAGAUACCUCUCGAUCUUCAAUACAUUUUAAGUUGUCUCGUCUUUUUAGGUUUGAUUUUAAAGGAACCCAAAUAAAGCAUGCUUUUGAACCAUUUA